GUUUGAGAUACAUUUUAAAUUUUUAUAAAAAACCAAUAAUUAUAUUUUUGGCCCAGAGAGAGAUUUCUACAGAUUUUGAAAUUUGUCUCUCACAAAUUCUAUGAGUAAGCAGAUAUUUACCAAAAAUUUCGUCAAAAAUCUGUGUCCAAACGAAGGAUCGUUACUUGUUCACAUGAAUAUCCAUCAGCAGACAUCACACGCCACCAAUCAGAGGAAACCCAGAUUUCUUUGCCUUCAUGGAUUUCGCACUAGUGGCCAAAUUCUGAAGAAGCAAAUUUUCAGUAAAUGGCCAACUAGUCAAGUGGUGGAUAAACUGGAUCUCGUUUUUGUUGAUGCACCUUUUCCCUCUCAAGGCAAAUCUGAAGUCGAGGGCAUUUUUGACCCUCCCUAUUAUGAAUGGUACCAGUUUAAUAAGGAAUUGAAAGAGUAUGAGAAUUUUGAAAAUUGUCUUGCAUACAUAGAAGCGUGUAUGAUUAAGCAUGGACCUUUCGACGGUCUUCUUGGUUUCUCCCAGGGGGCAAUCCUUUCUGGAGCAUUGCCUGGGUUGCAGGAUAAGGGAGUGGGACUUACAAAGGUGCCCAAAAUAAAAUAUCUGAUAAUAAUUGGAGGUGCUAAAAUGCAGCAUAAACCACUGGCCGAAAAAGCUUAUUCACCAGCAAUUACAUGCCCUUCCGUUCACUUCUUAGGUGAGCAAGACUUCCUAAAGACGUAUGGGAUGGAACUGUUGGAAUCAUAUGUUGAUCCACUGGUCAUUCAUCAUCCUAAGGGCCACACUAUACCAAGAUUUGAUGAGAAAGGAUUAGAGAGCAUGCUUAGUUUCAUUGAGAAAGUGCAAGCAGAGAUUAACAAGUGAUCAAGUUUGAUGAAAUUAUGUUUUUAUGUGGUAGCUCCUUGUUUGGGAAGUAUUUCUUCCUUCAAAUUUUUAAAAUAAAAUUGCUUUGAAUAAUUAGUUUUUUAACGCUCUAGGGAAGAAAAAAUCUAUACCUUAUUAGAAAAGUUACAGAAGCAUGGCCAUGCUAUUGUAUUUAUGGCAGUAUGCCAUUCGAUUAUUUUACCACAUCCUUGAUUUGUUUCUCUUGGUUAAAGAGAAUCUUUGUUCAAUUUCACUAAUAUGCUUAAAUUUAAUUUUCAAAUAUUGGCAAUACAUCACAUUUGACCAACCAAUGGGUACCCUCUUACAUGCAAAAUAUUUAUAAUUGGAUCCAUAUUUUGUUUCGUUUUUAAAACUUUGUAACUCUUCCUAGCUAGUUUUGUUUUAAUGGGAAAAAGGUCAUAUCUCAUUGUUGGAUCAUUUCGUUAGAUUUAAAUGUGUGGCUUGUAGAGACUAGAGAGCAAAUCAAAAGGGUCAAUGUUUAAAGAGGAAAAAUCAAUAACGUUAUAUCAUGUGAUGUUGUUGUUGUUGUAAGGUCUGCGUACACUCUCCCCUCCCCAGACCCCACUUGUGUGAUUUCACUAGGUAUGUUGUUGUUAUUGUUGCAUGUGAUGUUGUAAAUGUUUUGUUUAUUUUCUUUAUCAUUUAUUUGAGUACUUGAUACUUUUUUUUCCUUAUUAUGACUAUAUUAAAUAAAAAGCAUGUUUUUUCUAAAAAAUAGGCAUAAUACAUAAAUAUGCCCUUUAACUUGACUUCAGUUGGCAUCUAUAUCCUCCAACUUUAGGUGUGCACAAGUAGACACUUAAACUUGUAUAAAAUUGAAUAAGUAGACACACGUGUCCUACGUGACAAUGUACACGUAGGACGCCACAUAGGACACAAAAUUGCCAUGUAGGACGAAUGUGUCUAUUUGUUCAAGUUUUGAAUAGUUAAAGUGUCUACUUGUGCACUAGUAAAGUUAAAAGUCAUAGUUACCGGUUGAAGCCAAGUUAAAGACCAUAUUUAUGUAUUAUUCCUAAAAAAAUAUUUCGAUAAAGUUUCACACGGGUCAAUUUGAGUUCCAUAUCAAUCAUGUUUUAAAAUCAACUGAAUUAAGCAAGUCAAAAUAGACCGAGUUAAUAAAAUAAGUGAGUCAAUCAUGCUUUUAUACGUAGAUUUUGUCAUCCCUAUUUGCAACUUACGAGGGCUCAAUUGCCACUUGUAGUGUUGUAUGGAUACUCUUUUGCGAUUAAGUCAAAAUUAUUAAAAACAAACGUACGAAAGCAGCAGUACCCAUUUUGGCCACUGCAACCCGUUUACAGUGUGAGGUGCAAUGGGCUCCGAUCCCGCUCACUCAAGGUUGAGGAGUUUAGUGGGGGCAAGGAUAAAAUAUGAAGUGUAAAAAAAAUAAUAGGGCACACAAAGCAUUUGGAAAGAUGAGGAUGGCAAUUCCCCCAAAACAAAACAAUGUAAAUCCACCACUUGUGAAAACAAGCACAGAAUAGAUAUCCUGGAUUCACAGAGGUUACUCUUUCACUUCCAAGUUAUUUAGAUCCACACAGGGACAAGAUGUUUCAGCUUGGAGACUAGUUAUAUUUAUUUAUGAACAUCUACUGCUGGUUUUAUACAGUUCUCUCUUUCUUUAAAGCCUUGUGAAAUUUUGGGUUACUUGCAAUAGUUGAGAAUCCCCACAAAGUGGAACUCUCAGCCUUGAUAAAGAUUUGGUUUUUAUGUGUGCUUACUGAUUGGGGCUGUCCUAUUAAAUUCUACACAUUUCACAUAUUAUGUCAUUUUAAGGAGACUGCCAAAUUGCAAGUGGGAGAAUGAAUCAAUUAACUUCCUGACUAGUAUUUUCGGCAUUUGGGAAUGAAUAUGUAGUGUCAACUAUCCUUUUCUUUUAUGACUUGACUUCUACUAUUUGUAAAGACAAAUGUAUGUUUUAGGUGGUUGAUAUAGUUGUGUUGUUUUUCAAA